AUGUCGCACUGGGAAAAAGAGCAAGAGAGGUUACUGAAGCUAUGGGAAGCAGUAGGAGCAGAAGACUCUGAAAAUGAGCAGCUAGAACAAGAAGCAGCAUCUGGAUCGGAAGCAGAAGAAAAUAAUAGUGAAAGGUCUACAAAUUCUGAUACAGAGCAAGAAAUAGGAAGAUAUACUUCACCUGUCCGAGGCUACAACGUGCACAUCAAAUGA